AUGGAGUCUGUGGGUUGGGAGGAAGAAGAAGAAUGGGAGUUGUGCAACGAUGGCGAUUUCGUUUACAAGAGGAGGAAGAGAAGGCAAGACUUGAGCGCCGCUGCUACCGCACCACCGACUUCGGAUCCGGAGGCAGAGCAGAGACAGCUUAGGGAACGGAAGAAGAGGGCGCUUUUAAAGUUGAAGGAACAGUACCAGAAUGAGAUCGAUCAGUGGCAACGUAUGUCCCACACACUCCAGGCCAUGGAUACUAGGGCCCAACCUCAACCGUUUCCUUCUCCUCCAUCGUCGUCCUCCGCCACGGAGUCUGCUAAGCUACCGCCUCCGGAAUUGGAUUCCAGUUGCCGCCAAUUAAUCGAUGACCUAGUCUUACAGGCGAAAGCGCAGGAAGCCAUUGUUCAGGACCUUUCAAACCUUUGUGAAACUGUGGAAACCUUGUGUAAGGCGGAAGAGGAACGAGUAAAGCAGUCCUUCAUCGACCUUCCCAUAUGGGCCACCCCUAGUGCCCUCGUGGCUUCUCUCUCUGAUGACUGA